AUGUCGACGUUUUCGGUGGUGAGAGGUUGGGAGCCAGAGUACGUCAUGCCGAACUUCCCCAUAUGCAACUCAGGCAGUGGCAGCUCUUGGGAUCGAGACCGAGACGCAGCCAGAGCGAGACCUUCCCAAUCCUUGCAACGCAUUCUAUCACGACACAUGGCCAUGGAGUACGAACCGACCGCCGACGACGCGAACGUCGACCUUGCUGGACCCGGCCUGCACGGCAAGCUGGAGUGCCGUGUGACAGACCCGCAGAAGGAGAACGAGGGCACCCAGAACCCCUUCAUCUCGUACCUCGUCACCACCGAUACCGACUUCAAGUCCUUCGUCAACCACCACUCGGCCCUACGCCGCCGCUUCACAGACUUUGUCUUCCUGCAAAAACACCUCACGCGCGAGUACCCGCAAUGUGCCGUCCCACCGCUGCCCGACAAGCACAAGAUGGAGUAUGUCCGCGGCGACCGCUUCGGCCCUGACUUCACCUCGCGCCGCGCACACGCUCUGAACCGCUUCCUGAACCGCCUCACCCUACAUCCCGUCCUCCGCCGCGCUGCCCUGCUCGCUCAGUUCCUCGAAAGCGACUCAUGGAACUCAACCAUGCGUUCCCGAGCCGCCCGUGGCAUGAGCGCUGGCGAAGCUGCCGCACCUAGCGUGCUAGAAACAUGGACAGACAGCUUCUUGAACGCCUUUGCCAAAGCCCACAAGACCGACCGCCGUUUCGUCGACGUCCGCGAACGUGCCGACAAGCUCGACGACGACCUCUCCACCGUUUCCAAAUCCGUCUCCCGUCUUGCACGCCGCGAAUCCGAUCUCGAGGGUGACUACGCCGAUCUAGCAACACAAUUCCAGAAGCUCGCACAACUCGAACCAGGCGUACAAAACGAGCUGACCAGCUUUGGCUCCAGCAUACAAUCAAACUCACAGGCAUGGAAAGACUUGCGCGAAUACACCGACCAAGAUUAUCUCGGCAGUUUGCGUGAUAUGGAAGCUUACAUUGCCUCGGUGAAAGCCCUCCUCAAGACGCGCGAACAAAAACAACUCGACUUUGAAGGCCUAUCCGAGUACCUCACCAAAGCUGCCAGCGAACGCGACCACUUGGCCUCAGGACCCAGCAUGGGCGCUUCUGGCUUCAUCCGGGCCAAGAUUGAAGAUGUGCGCGGUGUAGACCACGAAACGGCACGUAAAGAGCGUGUCCGCAAACUCGAGCUUCAGAUCGAGCGCCUGCAGAACGAAGUCGAGGCUGCCAAGAAGACGAGCGAGGCCUUUGACAUUGAAGUCGUCAAGGAGGUGGAUGAUUUUGAGCGUAUCAAAGCAACAGAGUUCCGCGAGACGCUCGGUGGGCUGGCAGACGCCAAUUGCGAGUACUUCCGCUCGACCAUCGAUACAUGGCAGAAGUUUAUCGAUCAGAUGGAGCGCGAGCANAGGGAGUCAGCGACGAGUUGA